AUGGAGGAUCAAAACAAUGAUACCUCUACAACUGGUAGUAUUGGACAUCCUAACAAUACUACAUCAACAACAACAACAACAACAAAGCCUGUUGUCAGCGAAGCACCACCUUCUACAGGAUGGGGAUGGUGGGGAGGUAUAUCAAACACCAUCAGCAGUUUGGGCAGCGUCGAUAUCACAACACUUGGCAAUCAACUCGUUGAGUCUGUCCAACAGAUGAACAUUGUCGAGACAAUCAAGAAGACGUCGGAUCAAAUGGUCAACAUCUACAAAGAGGAUCUUCAAGAGUUCUCAAAGUCACUCUACCAAGACACUACUGUUGUGCUCCAGGAGCAAAUCGAGACCGUCAAGACAAACCUUGCGACAACUGGUCUUCUCCCAACAGCAGGACAACAAAGCAGCAGUGGUGGCAACAGUGGCAAUAGCGGACCAUCAUCAUCAUCAUCAAUGUUCACUACUACUAGUAGUAGCAGUGGCAGUACAUCGAAUACAGGCACAUCAAACUCUAUCAAGGCCUCCACCAACAAACUGUUGAAGAGUUUAUCAUUCUUCUCAUCCGAUCCAUCAAACAUUGAGGACUAUGAGCAAUGGUGCCAAACAUUCGGACCGUUGGAGGCACACAACGUUCAGAUCAACACAAUACUCUCUGGAGAUGACACUAUCAAGUCACUGUACACAAAAUAUGUACCAAAUGAGAUACCUCACCAACAGUUCUGGCUGAAAUACUUCUACAAGCAAUACAAGUCACAGAAGGAGGAAGAAAGAAGACAACUAUUGUUACAGAAGGUUGCAACUAACGAAGAGGAUGUAGGUUGGGAUGACGAGGAAAUAGAAAUCAAUGACUCGAACAAUGAUGAUAUUGUAUCUCCAGUGUCAAUGACAAUGGCAACGACAACGACAACAACAGAGGAAACAGAGACGUUGGCUGAAUUACCAGUCAAUACUGAUAACUUACCGAUUGGUUCAAUGGAACAACCAACUACCGUUGUUAAAGAGGAGGAUGAUUUCGAUAGCGAUGAAGAGUUGACCAGAGAGCUAGAGCAAAGGUAUCAGGAGGAAGAGGAGGAACGUCGCAAAAUCAAACAAGAAAAGGAGGAGAAACCAGCAGCAAGGUCUGUAACAAAGUCAACAUCUCUUGAGGAUGGUGAUGACGAGGUAUUUGAUUGGGAAUAG